GUACUGACUAGUUUAGCACAAGGGUGGUUGGAAUAAGCGCGUUGUAAGUAGUUGUAGUCACAAGACGAAGUUGAAGUAGUGUUUCGUUUGCUUUGUCUAACGUUCUUCUCCUCCUUCAAGUAAGUCAAGGUUGUGUUUGUGCGUCUCAAUACUUGCGGACGUUGCGUUUGUCCAUCUCCUCUAUCCGUAUCCACUCCGACGUACUGCACCUUUGCUCGUCACCACGUUUGCUUGAUCGUUCUGAUCGAUGGCCACUACGGUUGGUGUGACCACCAACAGUAUGCUUGAAAAAGCCACAUUGGAAGCUGCGCUCGCCAACGCAGCCUCAACGCAACUACCGGACGAAGGCAACAAGAACAACAUGUUGCACGAAGAAAAUUUGAGCAUUAUGUUGAUCACGGAGGAAAGAAGAAAAUUUACUGAAAUUAUAUAAAAAUGAGAAGAUGCUAGCUUCCUAGGACUUUAUCACCUUGAGAGCUACAGCCUACACCUAGGAUCAUCUUCUCCCAAAGGACUUCCCCUUCACACAAAGGACUUUCCCUUCUUAACCCCUAUCCUCACCUUGAGAGAUGUACAGAACUAGUCUUGUCUAACAGCCAACAGGAUGACGCAGCCCUCGCCAGUUCGGGUGACGAACAGGAUGCGAAGGAGGAAAAAAACAGCAUGUUGAUGUCGCCCAACGAGAACAAGGGGAUGCUGAUGUCGCCUGCUUCGGGAACAACCAUGAUGAUGAAAAUGUCCUGCAGUUCGCCGACGUUUACCUUAUGCGGGCUUUCCUUGUCUACUAUUCCACAGAAAAUGUUAAUGUUUUCUACAACAACUAGGAAAGAAGUAAAGGACGAAAAUCGCCUUCCACUAACUCCGAAAUGCACUAGAAACAAGCCAACGUGCUGUCCGAAAAAGGGCCCUAGUCUGAGUGUAAUAUGAACCCCAUACUAGCGACCUCUUCUAACUUCAGAGUCCACCACUGGCGUGAUGCAUACGAACAACGUCGCACGUGCGGACAUGAACGCUGAGGAGUCGUCUCACGCAUCCACGACCUGCACUUCGACUGCUCACACUUCGCCGAACCUCCCGACCGAACCAGAAACGACCAUGGAAUCGAUGAUGUUAUGCUCGUCAGAUGAAAAACAUAGUGCUAGAACUACAAGAGAAGAACUACAAGAGAAGAACUACAAGAGAAGAACUACAAGAGAAGAACUACAAUAGAAGAACUACAAUAGAAGAACUACAAGAGAAGAACUACAAUAGAAGAACUACAAUAGAAGAACUACAAUAGAAGAACUACAAUAGAAGAACUACAAUAGAACUAGACAAUAGAACUACAAUAGAACUACAAUACACACACCUUCUAAUUGCGGAGAAAAGCGUUGAGGCUAUCAUGGAGGACAACAUGCAAAAGCUGCUGAUGGAGGAGAACAAGAAGCUGUUACUUUAUGCGACGAACAAGAACAACUUGUUGUACAGCUGCUUUUAGAGGAGCAUACCAAGUAGAACUACUUGUUGUACAGAAGUUUUACAGGAGCUUUAGUUUUACAGCAUACUUGCUCCUGCCUGUGCAGAAGAUUUCCUGCUUGCUCUACUACAGCACAGCAAGUGCUCUCUGUGCAGCGAAUGUUUUACUGCCUGUUAUACAGCACAUUUUCUGCUUGUUAUAGUACAGACUUCUUAUAUUGUGUAGCCCAUUUCUCCACUGAUACUCUUCUAAUAUCUGAACGUUGACGUCGCUGAGAAACUCGAAGAAAAGCAGACGAAGACUGAUGGAGAAAAGAAGGUGGAGAAGAAAGCGAUGGUUGCUAAGCCGCCUACCCAGUCCGACCCGAGUGAUUAAGGCUAUUUAAUUCAUCUCUUUGACACUGUUGUGACUUCAAGAAGCUUGUUGAGUUCACCUUCCCUGAAGAAACAGGUGGUAGGUGUUGGAAAUGUAUUGUCACCUUCCCUGAAGAAACAGGUGGUACUUAGGUGUUGGAAAUGUAUUGAAAAGAGAUGGAUUAUGCAUAGCGCUAAGAUGAUGAACACGUUCUGCGGUAGAAACAGUUUCGUCUUAAGGCAUUCGUCUCUGGUGAACAACAUCUUAAAUUUGCAGAAACUGGCUGCUAUCGUAUCACCACUAGCGAUUAUACAUUGUCUACUCCGCCUGUUAGAAACAAGUGAAAGAACUUUUUCUAUUGACAAAACAUCAACCUUCCCUCCAACAAGGUACCAGAAGUAUCUCGAUAGCUCCAUUCGCUGGAAGAAGGUGGAUGAAGCCUGGUCCUGGGUCGAUAAGAUGACCAGUGCAGAAAUGCCUAUUGAUUAUGCCGUGAAUGCUGUACUGUUGGUUCUUCUACCACGUCUCUUACAAUCCUUCUUCACAUUCCAUCUUCGGCGUAACUAAGAACUUAACAAGAACGGCAGCUAAUCUGUGUUCCCUCCAUUCAUCGCUUUUUCUCUUUCUUAGAAUCAAUCUACCUAGAAGUGAACAUCUUCUCUUUUCGGAAAGGCCUACUUCCUCUAACCUCUAUACCAAAGUGUUUCUGCUUUGGUGAAAAUUUCCCUGGACAGUCCAGACUCCUUGCGUCAAGGCAAACUUCGUCGCGCUUUUUCGCUAUUGAAACGUUUCCUUAAGCGAUCCAAGGACGCUGAAGAAGGACUCUACAACACCUGCCUCGAUGGUUUCGCCAGGCUAAGGGAUGUGCAGAGGUAAAAGAAACUUUAGCUACUAGAAGUUGAUGUGCAGAGGUAAGAACUUCGUUAGUACUGUGACUUAAUGUACAGACAGGGGCGAGUAAGUAGAUAGAGCUGAAACUUGAUGUGACAACUCUCUGGGUAGAUACAACUCAAGCAGAAGCAAGACUACAUAUUUAUCGAAUAUUUUUUCCAACACCCAAUGCAGCAUGGAACAAACACUUGUCGAUUUGCGAAACCACGCUUAUCAUGCGCGUCCUGGCGCUGUGACCUACGGAACGUUGAUCAAGGCGUACGGAACUCUUCGCGAUUUUAAUCGAGGUAUAGUCACUUUUCAUUGUUGUUGUUGUUGUUGUUGUUGUUGUUUGCUUCCUCCAUUCAAGAACAACAUCAACAUGUUUCUGUCUUCGAAACUACCCUUUCAUCAUCCUCAUCGGAGACUUCCAUCCUCAUCGGAGACUUCCAAAGAACAAGAAAAUCUUCUUCCCCAUUUUUGUUGGUCUUUUAUCACAGUUCUCCUCCUCUGGGAAGAGAUGCGUGGAACGGACAUUCCACCGAACGCCGUAACGUAUGGGUGCAUGCUCGAUGCCUGCGUGAAAUGUAACCACGUAGAAAUGUAUGAAACGAAAAAGUGCACUCACACUCAAGAAUUAAUUGGCUAGGAUUUAAGUAAGUAGGAAAAUAGCGGCCACUCUUUUUGAGUGUGAGUGCACUUUUUUCUUUCAUAAAAUGGCAGUCACUACUUUCGAGGACAUGAAGGCGACUAAUCUCCACAAGAACACUGUGCUGUACACCACGAUCAUCAAAGGUAUUGAUCAGGUUUUGUUGAAGCGGACAGAAUUGAAAGUUUGAGAAUGCUGUAUGUGGAAAGAGAAUAAGUAAGAGGAUGAGAUAGAAGAACGGUCAUGAGUAUCGCUGGGAUGUAUAUUGGGCUGGUGAGAUUUAAUCACGAUUGAUCUUUCUUCUUUUUUUUGCAACCAUCAUCAAAGGUUUCGCCAAGAUCAAGGACUUAUCCCGCGCAAUGAAGCUCUACCGCGAAAUGCUUGCAGAACGUGUGCCCUGCAACGUGGUCACCUACAACUCUCUUAUCGACGUCGCAGUCCGAUGCAAUAACAUGAAGGUUGCUGCUAUGGUUCUGCAGGAAAUGCAGUCCUCGGGGAUCAUGCCUGACAUCAUCACCUUUUCGACGCUUGUUUUAUGGCACUUUCAUCAUAUUAUAAUCAAGCUAGUGCCAUCAUACUUGAUUAUAUAUACCAUCGUCUAGUUUCGGAAGCAUCAAGUUAAUAUACCAUCGUCUAGUUAUAGUUAUUUCGUAAGCCAAUUGAUGCACUGAACCGCAUUAGACUCUGCACAGCUCUGCUUCAAGAUUAAGGAUAACAAUGGAGCACACCGAGAAGAUCAUACUAGCUUAUCCUACUGAAGACUCCCUGAGGUUGCUUCUAAUACCCAAGGGUUUCUGCAACGAAGGAAAUCUUCGCAAGGCUUUGCUGGUGGCGAACGAAGCUCGCAUCCGCCGUUUGGGAGUGGACGAAAUCAUGUUCAACUCCCUUCUCGAUGGCUGCGCUAAGAUUGGAGAUUUUGAAACUGGUACACUGUUAUGGUUUUGUCGUGAAAGAGAAAUGCAGAAAGUCUCGUGAUGAUAUGGAUUGGAUCUCUCCUCUUGGAUGUGGUCCUCGUUUCAAGAAGCUCUCAUCGCCACUAGUAUACUUUCUUCCUCACCUCUCCACCAGGUCUCCUCGUCUUUGCUGAGAUGCAGCGCUGCAGUAUUGCGCCAUCCUGUGUCACCUUUUCGAUCUUGGUUCGCUUGUACUCCGGGGUCAACCGCUUGUAUGAUGCUAUUGACCUGGUCUUCCGUCAGAUGCCUUACAUGUGGAAAGUUCAACCAACGCGUGCUGUAUAUAGCUGUCUCAUGAAGGCCUGUGCGCAGCAAGGUAGAAAUAUGUUGUGAUUUCUUUUUGUGAGUUCGUUGAGGUUGUUUAGACUUGAGGUAGCAUACAUUCGUGUCUAGCAUGUUGAGAUACAACUUCAAGAACGCGAUUUUUGGCUAGUCCGACACACAUCUCACACUCUCGAUAUCUCAGGUGACCCCAUGAACGUGGCUUACAUACUUGGCUACACGAUGAAAUUACCCGAGUCGCAGAUCAAGCAGCUGCUCCGUGACGCUCAAGCGGCUAAUCCGGCUGCCUUCGAGACUGUUGAAGACCGAUCUCUCGCUUCCUCUGCUGCUGCCGCUGCUUCCUACGGUUUCGACUGCUGGGGUGAAAAGGGAGCGCCUUUUAUGGCGGAUAUAGAGGAAGAUUAUAGUGCUCGUUUCCAGGUAAGGGUGUGUGAAAAUUACUUAAUACUUCGUUACCCUCCAUCCUCAAGCUCUAAGAAACUCCACGAGCACAAGGGCGGCAACUACAACUCGGAGAGCAAGAGUGGACACUUCGGCAAGAGCUGGAAUUCAUGGAACAGCGAGAGAUGGAACAGCGAGAAGGGCUACGGAAAGGGCUCGCAUUGGCAAGAGGUUAUGGCUGGUAGCUGUUGCUGUUUAGUUUGUAGUUCUUCUGUUUCAAAAUGAUCAAACCCUCUUUCAAGCAAACGUUACUCCGCCUUUUCCAGGCCAGCUAUCUAGUUUACGGUAUAAGCCAUGACAAUUGGGCGUUACCCGGUCAAAUAAGCCACAAAUGGUUUGGAUCAACUGUAACUUGUUAGCGAGUGAGAUGUUGAUGUUUUCUAAUCUUCGCUCCUAUGCUGGCAAGGGCGCUUCGCAGCACAAGGGCGCAUCUCACAAUUAUGGUUGAGGUUUUCAGGAGUGCAUACUCGGAAGUGUAUUGAAAGGAAAAACGCUAACAGGAUGUUCUUCUUUCUAGUACUUGUAUUAUUUAACUCUAAGACACAGGUUCCAAAGGUGGCCACAACUACACGGAGAAAGGUGAGGGAAAGCAUAAGAAGGGAUCGUGGGGCAACGGAAACCACUACAACAAGGGCUCGAACUACAACUCGUCGCAUAACUCGGGUUAUAACUACAGCAACUACAACAACAACCAGAACAACCACGGGAGCAGCGGAAAAGGCAGCAAUAGCACCAAUGCUUCCUUUAUGACUGCUAGUAGUUUUGGCAACAAUCAAUGGAAAGGUUUUAGUUUUUGUUCUUUUGUCCUCGAGUAUUACUCGGCUUGGAUGGAUAGAUACCACAACGUCUUAAUGGUACGAGAAUAAAAGCAGAGUAAUACUAAAGCACAUACUAACUUCUGGCACUUGCUUCAUUUCUCCUCUCCACCUAUACCUAAACCUCAGCCUCUAACUCUUCUUUCGCUCCUUCGAACCAAGCAUCAAGCAAGCACUUCAAUACCACGUCACUUCAACAGCAGAGUGCUGCCGCUGCUGCGAAUGCUUACAGUAA